AGCAACACUCCCUGGGCUAAACAGCAUCACCAUGUCUGUUCGAUAUUGCUCAAGCAAGCAGUUCUCUUCCUCCCGCAGCGGAGGUGGGGGGGGAGGAUCAUGCCGAAUUUCGAGCAGCAGAGGCUCCCUUGGUGGAGGCUUUAGCUCAGGGGGGUUCAGUGGUGCCUCUUUUAGCCGUGGGAGCUCUGGAGGGGGCUGCUUUGGGGGCUCAGGUGGCUAUGGAGGAUUCGGAGGAGGCUUUGGCGGAGGCAGUUUUGGUGGAAGCUAUGGAAGCAGCAGCUUCAGUGGGGGCUUUGGGGGAGGUAGCUUUGGGGGAGGCAGCUUUGGGGGAGGCAGCUUUGGAGGAGGCUACGGUGGUGGAUUUGGAGGAGACGGCGGCCUACUCUCUGGAAAUGAAAAAGUAACCAUGCAGCAUCUGAAUGACCGCCUGGCCUCCUACUUGGACAAAGUUCGAGCUCUAGAAGACUCAAACUAUGAGCUGGAGGGCAAAAUCAAGGAAUGGUAUGAAAAGCAUGGCAACUCAGGCCAGGGACAGCCUCGUGACUACAGCAAAUACUACCAAACCAUCUCAGACCUUAAAAAUCAGAUCCUCACCCUAACGACUGACAAUGCCAACAUCCUGCUUCAGAUCGACAAUGCCAGGCUGGCAGCUGAUGACUUCAGGAUGAAGUACGAGAAUGAGGUAGCCCUGCGCCAGAGCGUGGAGGCCGACAUCAACGGCCUGCGCAGGGUGCUGGAUGAGCUGACCUUGACCAAGGCUGACCUGGAGAUGCAGAUUGAAAGCCUGACUGAAGAGGUGGCCUACCUGAAGAAGAACCAUGAGGAGGAAAUGAAAAACCUUGGAAAUGUUUCCACUGGUGAUGUGAAUGUUGAAAUGAAUGCUGCCCCAGGUGUUGAUCUAACUCAACUUCUGAAUAACAUGAGAAACCAAUACGAACAACUUGCUGAACAAAACCGCAAAGAUGCUGAAGCCUGGUUCAAUGAAAAGAGCAAGGAACUGACUACAGAAAUUGAUAAUAACAUUGAACAAAUGUCCAGCCAUAAAUCUGAGAUCACUGAAUUGAGACGGAAUGUUCAAGGUCUGGAGAUAGAACUACAGUCCCAACUGGCCCUGAAACAAUCGCUGGAAGCCUCCUUGGCAGAAACAGAAGGUCGCUACUGUGUGCAGCUCUCACAGAUUCAGGCCCAGAUCUCUUCUCUGGAAGAACAGUUGCAACAGAUUAGAGCCGAAACCGAGUGUCAGAAUUCUGAGUAUCAGCAUCUCCUGGACAUUAAGAUCCGACUGGAGAACGAGAUUCAAACCUAUCGCAGCCUGCUAGAAGGAGAAGGAAGUUCCGGAGGCGGAUCCCGCGGCGGCGGACGCGGCGGCAGCUACAGCGGCGGAAGUUCCGGUCACGGCGGCGGCUACGGCGGCGGAAGUUCCGGUCACGGCGGCGGCUACGGCGGCGGAAGUUCCGGUCACGGCGGCAGCUACGGCGGCGGCAGCUCCAGUGGCGGCGGUGGCGGCAGCUACGGCGGCGGCAGCUCUAGUGGCGGUGGCGGCAGCUACGGCGGUGGUAGUUCCAGCGGCGGCGGCGGCAGCUCCAGUGGCGGCGGUGGCGGCAGCUACGGCGGCGGCAGCUCCAGCGGCGGUGGCGGCAGCUACGGCGGCGGCAGUUCCGGCGGCGGCUACGGCGGCGGCAGUGGCUCCACCGGCGGCAACGAGUCUUCUAAGGGACCCAGGUCAGCAGAAACUAGCUGGGAUACUAACAAAACCAGAGUAAUCAAGACUAUUAUUGAAGAGGUGGCACCCGAUGGUAGAGUUCUUUCAUCUAUGGUUGAAUCAGAAACUAAGAAACACUACUAUUAAGCUGCAUAAAGAGAAAAGAGUCUCCCUUCACAUGGGGAGUCUCCAAGCAGGAAGACACCUCAGUCUUAAUGGCCUGUAGGAACAGGUUCUGUCCUUGAAAAUAAGGUGUCUAAAAGGUGUUUUGUGGUUUCAGUAUUUCUUCUUCUCACUUUACCAUGAAGUGUUCUUUAAUGCAAAAAAAAUACAAAAAAACCUUUCUGUGUUCAUGACUAAUGGAUUUCAAUAAACUUUCUUACUGAUGCAA